AUGGCACACUACUACGAAGCGGAGCUCAAACGACCAAAGUCAUUCAACUUUGCGACAGAUGUUGUCGAUUACUGGGCCGCGAAUCCUCCUCCAGGUCCGGCCAUGCACUGGAUAUCUCAAGAUCGCAAGACGGAGCGAGUGCUGUCAUUCGAACACUUCAGCAGACAAUCUCAUCGCUUGGCAGUCUUGUUCCGAGAGAAACUUGGAGUACAGCCUGGCGAGAAGAUGCUGAUCAUCAUGCCACGUUUGCCAGAAUGGUGGGAAAUUGCAACUGCAGGUGUCAGAUCUGGAAUUGUUAUAUGCCCGGCAACGACCCUUCUGGUUGACAAAGACAUUGAGUACCGAGUGAAAAGAUCUGGAGCGUCGGUGUUCCUCGGAGACGCAGUAGCUGUUCAGAAGCUGUUGAGGAUACGGAAGAAUUGUCCAUCGAUCAAGCAUGUCUUCCAGCUGGAUGGUAAAGCUCAGGACGGCGUUGUACUUCUUAGUGAAGCAUUGCGAUCCGUUCCUGAGAAUGCUAGAUACACCGGACCUAAACCGGAUGUGAAAGAUCCUUCAAUCAUAUACUUUACCUCAGGCACUACUGGACCUCCGAAGAUGGUUCAGCAUAAUCAGAUUUCGUACCCCUUGGCUCAUACUAUUACUGGCAAGCACUUCCACCGUCUUGAGCCUGGACAUCUCUCUUGGGUGCUGGCAGAGCAGGGCUGGGCUAAAGCAGGCUGGUCAUUCUUUGGGAGCUGGAACGCCGGUGCGGGUCUCUUUAUUUACGAUGACCGAAAAGCAUUCAGUGCUCGUGAUACCAUCGACGUUCUCCAUGAAUAUCCCAUCACAACUCUAUGUGCCCCGCCGACGAUAUACCGGCAAUUGGUCCUGGACGACAUGGUGCGGCACUACGAACAGAACCUUCCAAAGGCAUUGCAACAUUGUACCGGAGCGGGCGAGCCACUUAACCCCGAGGUUAUUCGAUUGUGGUUGGAAAGUACCGGCCUUGAAAUCUGCGAUGGUUUUGGGCAGACAGAGACGGUUCUCCUUUGUGGUAACUUUAGAGGAAAUGUUAUCAGGCCGGGCUCAAUGGGCAAACCUUCACCAGGUGUUCCUCUCUUCGUUGUAGAUGAACAGGGAGAGGUGACCGCAGAUGACGCUGAGGGGGACAUUGCGAUCAAGGUUGACCUUUUGGAGAAGUCCAACUUCUUCGGCAUCUUUGACGGCUAUCUCGAAGAUGGCAAGCUUGACAGGAGGCUGCGAGAUUCCAAGGAGAAGGAUGUCGCCUGGUAUUGCACUGGAGAUCGAGCAACGAGGGACAAAGACGGCUACCUUUGGUUUCUCGGGCGAAAUGACGAUGUGAUCAACAGCUCAGGCUAUCGGAUUGGGCCAUUCGAAGUCGAAUCCACGUUGAAACAGCACCCGGCUGUGGUUGAAAGUGCCGUGGUAUCAUCGCCUGACUCGGCGCGAGGAGAGGCUGUCAAGGCUUUCAUCGUCCUCACACCGCAGGCGUCUAAAGAUGGGAGUGAGAAGCUCAUUCGGGAACUUCAGGACUUUUGCAAGGAGCAUGCCGCACCGUAUAAAUAUCCUCGGAAGAUUCRAUUUGUGGCUCCUGACUUCCUACCCAAGACGAUAUCUGGGAAAAUUCAAAGGAAGAAACUGAAGGAGAUGGAGUGGGAGCAAGGUGCAAAGUCGAAAUUGUAG